CCUACGUAUUGUUUACGACGACUCGCGCGUAGCUGUCAAUCUCCGAAAAUGCGUCACAAACAGAAAUUCCCAAUGAAAAGAGUUAAAAAACAUAAGGGGUACUCUCCAUCAGCAAUCACAAAUGCUUACAAACUUGUAAAAGAAACUGGGAUCCCUAUUAAAACUGCUGCUAGACAGUAUGGAGUGCCACAUAACACCCUUCGUGAUAGGGUAAAAGGCCGCGUGGAUCAAGAAACCACGAUGACAGGUUCUGGUCCACUAUUUACAUUGGAAGAGGAGGCAAAGUUAGUAGCACAUAUUAAACUGAUGGCUGAUUUGGGGUACGGUUUUACCAUAACAGAAGUGGUCUCAAAAGCAAGUGACUAUGCAGUCUUUCUUAAGAAGAGAACACGGGACAAACCCUUGACCGUGAAAUGGUUUAAGGGCUUGCGCAGCAGGUGGCCGGAGCUCAGAGUCAUAAAACCAAGGGGGUUAGCUAAAUGUAGGGCAGAAGCUACCAAUGAACAAGCUGUUGAAAGCUAUUUCACAAAUUUAGAAAAUGUGCUGAAAAGCAAAAACCUUAUUGACAAACCUGAGUGUAUAUAUAACAUAGAUGAAAAAGGGUUUCAAACUGAACAUGCCCCACCAUACAUAGUUAGUGGUAAUGCAUCAGCUCCCGCAAUCACCUCUUCACGGACAGCAACAACCACAGUCAUUGGUGGCGGUAACGCAAUUGGGACACAGAUUCCUCCCUUCUUUGUUUUCAAGGGUGCGAGAAUGAAUGAAACAUUAAUGCAAGGUGCUUCUUCAGGAUCAGAUGCAAUUAUGUCAAAGACAGGCUGGUCUAAUUCAAGCAUUUUUCUGGAAUAUUUACAAUCCCACUUCAUCAAGUACAUUCAAAGAUCUGAUCCUAAUCAGCAAAUUAUCAUCAUAUUUGACGGCCACAAAUCUCACAUCAAUGUCCCUGUGUUGGAAUGGGCAAAGAAAAACAACAUAAUUUUGUUUGUCCUUCCAGCACAUACAUCUCACGUGCUUCAACCCCUUGAUGUAGCCUGCUAUGGACCUCUGCAGAAAAUAUAUAAUUAUGCAUGUCAAAAAUUUAUCAGAGAACAUCCAUCUUCAAAAAUCACAAGAUACAAUAUUGCAGAAUUAGCAUCCAAUGCGUAUGUGACAGCAUUAUCCGUGAAUAACCUGAGGGCUGCCUUUGAAAAGACUGGCAUAUUUCCAUUCAAUAGAACUGUGAUAAGUGCUGACGUUUUUAAGCCAUCAAUUCCUUAUGUUGUUCCUCAAGAAAACACAGUGGCUUCUGACACUCAGCCAUGCAUUGACAAUUACUUUACAACUGCUGAAAACAUAAUUGAAAUGAAGAAAGCACACCAUACACUAAAAAAGACUUUAAGAAAUAAUGUGUCUGGUCAGGAAAUAACCAGUGAUUGCAUAAAUCAAGAAAUAUUAUCACAGCCUUUACCACGUUCCAAAGAUACACCAGUCUUUCCUAUCAACAAAAGAAAACAAACAAAAACAAAUGAAACAAAUGUCAAUCAAAGUAAUGCCCCCUUCCAAAACCUCUUCCUGGACCUUCGCACAUUGGCAUCUGUGAUACUGAUAGUCAGUCUUCUGAAGAUGAUGUUUCUGAAGAAGACAAAUGUUGUGUGUGUAAACUUUUUCAACCCAAGGAACUGAAAAACUGUGUUUCCCUUGUGUUUACAAAAUGGGCACAAUGUGAUCACCAAAACUGUGGACAUUGGACACACUUGAUUUAUUGCUGCAAACAGAAAGUUGUUCGGCGGAAUGAUGUCUUCGAAUGCCCAUGUCAUAAAAGUGAAGAGUAAAAAUACUAAAACUGAAAUAAAAACAUAUAUUUGUUCUAAAAAACAUUGUUAUAAAUCAAGUUUUAAUGUUAUUUUCUAGUUUCAUAAAAAAACUGAACAAAAUCUGCUUAGAAUUGUGAAUUUAAAUAGUAAACAAUGAAGGGUUCGAAAGGAGGUACGAUUGUUUUGGCGGCCAUGACAGUUUUACAUGAUAUGGUGGUGCUGAAAACUUAACGCAAAUCUGUUAACAAAAGAGGAUUAACAUAACAAUUAAAGUUGUCAGGUAUGUAGAAACAAUUUAUUUAUCACAUAAAACUCUUACAAAUACGUUUCACUAUUUCCAAUUUUGUUUUUGACAUGUCAAAAAUUAAGAGGUUCGAAAGAUGGUUCGUCCAUGAUACAACAAUAAAUAGUAGAUGUUUUACUUUGUAUGUCAGUAAGUUAAAAGUGUGUAAAAAGAAGAGCUGUUUAUAGACUAAAAUGAACAAUAUCGGCGGGGAUAAAUGCUGAAUCAGGCUUCACGCAGGUGUCUACACAUGUUGUAAAUUUCAAAAUGGCAGCCAUGUUUGUUUUUGGUAUUUUACAGUGCAUGGUUAAACAAGAAUGGUAGUUUGAACACAACCGUCUGUGUUCUACUAGAGUGUGUGACAUUUGGAACGCUGAUUAAAAUUGAAUCGAGGAGUAUAGCGAUAUUUUGUCUCGUUUCUCUUCUUUUGCGCGGAAUUCUUAAGGACUAUUUCGAGUUCCGUAAACGGGAAAGAUCACAAUUUAUAUUACUACGCAAUGUUAGAUUCAGUAAAUUUAAUGGGGUUUUUUUUGCUUUUAUUUUAUCAAUUUAAGACUACUCUUUUAAUUGCAUCAGGAAUAAAUUAAAUAAAAAAUAUAUUGUAGGAUAAAUAGAAAACUAGGUUAGUGUGAUUGUGUACUUAAAUUUAUCCCACUCGUCUCAGAAAGGCUUACAAGGCUCGGCAAGCCUCGCCAUGUAAACCUUUCUUCACUCGUGGGAUAAACUUAAGUACACAAUCACACUGACAUAGUAUUCUCUAUUUCUUUUGCGGUUCGGUGUAUAAAAGCAGACCCAGUUCGAUUAACGUUGACAUAGAAAUAUACAAUUUUUACGGCUUUAAAUAUAAUUCUUAAAAUUUAAGUAUUUUUAAGUAUAACAAUUAAUAAACUUAUCUUUGGAUUUGUUUCUAUUUUAUCUAUUGCCGCAUUGUGUACACACCGGUAGUGCACAAUGCCGCAGAAAAGGGAUGUCCCAAUAAAUCGCCUGCUGAUCCGUAUACGGACCAUGGACCAUACCGCCCAGACGAUACGGCCCAGAUUAGCGGACCAUACGGCCCAGAUUAUCGGACAGUACGGCCCGGAUUUGCGGACCAUACGGACCACAUGUUUCUUUACGUCAUGUACAUUAUUCUUAAACACGAAUACACUACAAGACGCUUUUGAAAAUAAAUACAGUAACACGGGAAAUGAAAUAGUUAUUAUUUCUCUCAGAUUUUAAAUUCAUUUUAAUGUUGUCAUCAACUAUUUAUGUAAGCAGUACACAUCUCGCAAACAUUCACUUUAAUCGACAGAAUAUAUUUUAAUAAAGUUGUAAAUUAAUACUUAUUAAAUUUAAAACAUGCCGCGUGGUGAAAACAGCAAUAAAAAUUUAUAACAUAAUUAUUAAAUUUAAUACAUGCC